GCUCAGUUGCCAAAGUGAGUCAGGGCGAUACGUUCCUCUGGCCGCCGCUCAGCCAGUUUUGACCUGGAAUUUCUGGGUAGAGCAGUGCGCGACGGUGUGUCAGUGGCUACCGCCCCGUUCUGAUGUACAGUGUUCUUGAUCUUUGUCCAUUGUGCUGAGAAUAUCAUGUGUGCGUAACGCCUUACCCCCUCAACGCUCAAGGGCAGCGCGAUCUUCUUGGGAGGAGCGUGAUGAACGGCGUGUACCGCGACGACCCUUGGGACCACGCCUCCCACGCCUCCAGCUACCAGUAUCAUGGGGACCCGGCGAUGCAAAUGUGGGGGGACGACUACCCCAGCUCGGCGUACGACAGAGGGAGAAUGUCACCGUACAGGGCCGACCACCGCGGCCACUCCAACGCCAGCAACGGCUACUCCUCAGACAACGGGUCAGUAGUGAGCAGUGAGGAUGGCCCCACCUACGUGUUGGAGCACCUGGCCACCUUCAGGGUGUCUCCAGAGUCCGACCUGGUGUACCCAGCAGAUGGCAUGCGACGGCUUCUUUACAUGGAGAAGACUGCCGGCAUCUGGACCCAGAAGAUGAUGCUGAGGCUGGACAAGAAAUGGGUCUACAUACAGUCACAUGAAAAUGGGGAUGUGGUGGAGAAAUUUCCCAUGGAACUAAUCCGAGAACCAACAGCCUUCACCAGUGAUGACCCCAAAGAGUUAUAUAACAACAUCUUCAUUUUUGUUGUAGCAGAAGACCCAAAAAGGAAUUACCAAAACCCAACAGAAAUGCACAUAUUUCAGUGCUUACGGAUCAGCGCCAAAGAUGUAGUGGAGGAUAUGAAGUUGUUCAUGUCUGGGAAGGGUCUGUCAGGACGGGGCCGUGCAGCGAGGGCCAGCCGCGCCGAACACAUCCCUCCCCCACCCCAGGAACCUGCCCCUGAGCCACCCCUUGCCAAUGGUUACCGAGGAGACUUUUCUGACAGUGAGGUACGGGGUGAGGCACGAGGACCAAGGUCAGAAAGAUCAAGUGUGAGCCACAACGAUGACGUGUCUUCAACGAGCAGUGAGAAGUAUGAGAGAGACGUGGCCAUCCUCAACUCCUGCUUUGAUGACAUUGAGAGGUUUAUUGCACGCCUCCAACACACUGCAGCGGCCACCAGAGAGUUGGAGCGGCGCCGCAGGUCUCGUAAAUCAAAGAAGAAAGAUAUAGGCGAUGGGCUCUUGUCCAUGCGAGCCAAGCCACCCCCAGAACGUGAAUUCGUCGACAUUUUUCAAAAGUUCAAACUCUCAUUCAAUCUUUUGGCAAAGCUGAAGGCCCAUAUCCAUGACCCCAACGCCCCUGAGCUGGUGCACUUCCUCUUCACCCCACUUGCUCUCAUUGUGGAUGCCUCACGGGACUCCAACUAUGGACCAAACCUUCCUGGCAAGGUGCUGUCUCCAUUACUCACAGCAGAUGCUGUUGAGCUACUUACAAAUUGCUUGACUUCCCGAGAGACGGAAAUAUGGCAAAGCCUUGGAGAAACCUGGUGUGUACCUCGCAGCCUGUGGAAAUACAAUGUUCCACCAUACCAGCCAGUAUUUUCCAAUGGGUGGGCCCCUGAGCUGGCUGAGGACUCCCGUGAUCGAUCCAGUGUUCUUGCCUCCGAGGUUGCAUCUGAAGGAAAGAGAACAAGAGCAGAAGAUUUAAGGAGUGGCCAUCGUGAAGCUGAGAUAAGGCAAGGCCGUCUGCGCAGCGAUGAGUAUUCAAGCGACUUUUAUGACUCAGACCGCAGGGAACCUUCACCUCCCUUGGGGCGUUAUUAUGCAAGAGAAGACAGACCCCGGUCUAUGACACCUCCAUCCGAGUAUCCACAAGCUGGUCGGAGUGAUAUUUCACAGGAGUCAAUGGAUCAGUCAACAUUUGAUAAGCACCAGCAGCGGUGGCUAAGUGAUCUUAAAGCACGUGGAGCUAAAAUUGUACAGGUCACAUACCCUCGCACAGCCAACAAUGACAAAGAAUUGACUGUUGUCCGCGGGGAGUACUUAGAGGUGUUAGAUGACAGCCGCAAGUGGUGGAAAGCAGUAAAUGCUCGUGGCCAAGCUGCCCAUGUACCUCACACCAUUGUUACUCCUUAUACUCCAGAUCAGGAUGACGUGCGGCGCGCUGUCCCACAGCCCUGGAAAGAGCGCCAAGGCAAGAAAGGCAAGUCUGAUGAUUCCAGUGAAGAGGAGGUUCCAACACCACGUAAGGCCAAACCCGCUAACAUUCCACCUGCUCCACCCGUUCCUCCACCCAUGCCCACUCAUCAAGCAGCUCCUGUUCUUGCAACAAGAUCUCGUAGUUCUAGACCCACUAAUGCUGAACAAAUGUAUGGCACUACAAGAUCAACUGCAGAUAUGAUGAACAUUGAACUAAAAGCUGUCCUGGAAUCCUUCCGUCGUCAGAGACCUCAUUUGGAUAUUGUAAAGACUCCUGAUGCUUACAUUUACCAGAAGAGUUCUCCUCAGGAGGUGCAGGAAUGGCUGGAGAUUAAAGGAUUCUCUAAACGAAUCAUGAAGCAGUUUGAUGGUAUUGAUGGAGAAGCACUAUUCAAGUUAGACAAAAACCAGCUGGAAGAGUAUUGCGGGGCAAAAGAAGGUGCUCGUCUUGCCUCCCAAAUUACUGUCCAGCGAAACGUGUCUGGAUAUAAAACAGCAAGGUCAUCAGAACUGAAACAAAUCCUUGCAAAACAGAGAAAUAAGGUGGAUAGUGAUGAAACCUUCAAGGUUCAGAAGGUAGAAAAGGAUUUUGAGUUCCUCAAUGACUAUGAUAAAUCUGGAUACCAAACAGACUCAGAAUCAGAAGAGGAAUCUACAGGUGCCGGUGUAAAUCCAGGCACAAAUACACUUAAGGAACAAAUAAAAAAGCAACGAAAAAAGAUAAUUAAUCAGUCAUUUGAUGGAAAAGCUUCGCGUUAAUUAAGUUUAGGCUUAAACUGUAUCAAAGAUGUAUUAUUUAACAGUACUUAGAUUUAUUUGGCAAUAAUUGUGAAGAUUUUAUAUUUUCUACUUCAGUAACUAUAUGGCACUUUAGACUGACUACCUUCUCAUCUAAUUAUUAAAAAAAAAGGAAUUUUAAGGUCUAUUGUGCAUUGCAGCUCUUAACCCUUUCCAUCUGUGAUGCAGACGUCAGAGUCAGAGUAUGGAAAGGGUCAAGAGGAAAUGGAAGAGGAUUAAUCCUCUUUUAAACCUCUCAAUUCCUCUUAAUCCUCUUCCAUUUCCUCAUAAGAGGUUUAGAAGAGGACUAAGAGGAAAUGGAAGAGGAUGAAGAGGUUUAGAAGAGGACUAACCCGUUCCAUACAGUGACGCCGUCAGACGCCUGUCGGACGCCGACGUCGGCGUCGCCGGGGUGAGGGGGUUAAAUGCAUGAUGAGAGACCUCUUGGAUGACAAAUUUUGAAAUAACAGUGUAGAAUAGAAAGGUGCUGACUCAUGAAAGUAACUAGCAAAUGUCAGGAUUUUUUUCCUUAAUGUUUUUGGAUGCUUAUACUGUGCAUUCCUGAAAUGUCCACAACAGUUAAACUUUACUAUCAAAGUGUAUCAUACACCUUACUGUGGGAGUUCUUUUUCCCAUUGGCACUUUGGUUGAAUUUAUAAAAUAAGAGUUUGGUGCCAUGAUUUCCCUGUAACAUAAUAUAAAUAUUCACUUAUACUGUAGUAUAUUGUGAUUCAAGACAUUGGGCUUAUCUGUUUUGGCUACUUUGCUAAUGUGUCACAUGCUCUGCUGCACUAUAGAACUGGUGCAUGAAUUUUCAACAUUUAUUUGUGUUUUCAUUGCAUUCCCAUGGUUAAAGAAUUCUAUAAUACAUGUAUAGUGGGAGUCACUGUAUGUAUAUGUUUGAAAGCUGUAUAGUACAUUAUAUAACUGAAUGACUGUAGUAGUUCUUUGAGUUAUAAAAUCAAUUUUGAAAC